AUGAGCAACAAUGUGGACAAUCAACACAAUUUCAUGCUCGGACUGUGGGGGGUAUUCGUCAUCUUUUUAGCGGACGAAGUCGUCUUUUACAUCCUUUCCGCCAUGGUCGCAAAAAUGAUUGCCCACGCCUCGAAAAGAAUUCAGAGUGAGAUUGUGCACGGUGUCUUGGAUGGAGACGCCUCCUUUGAACGCAAGCACAGGCCUGCUACGUUGGCCAAUGUCUUUACGGCUGGAAUUGCCAAGCUCGAAAACGUGUGGGACUUUUGUUUGAUGGAGGCUGUCUUCUCCUUCUUUAGUUUGAUCUCGGCGCUCUUCUUUCUGAGUCUCUACAAUUUUGGAUACACAAUCUUUGUGCUGACGGCCAUUCCAUUCUUGGCAUCCCUGAAACCCAUGGAAACCCAAGCCGUCACGGCCAGUGACCAGUCCGAUCAAGCCAAUGCAGAACUUUUUGGUCGGUUCCAAAAUACAAUUCAUCUCCGUCGAGCUGCUCAGGUCGGCAAUCGACGAGACUUUGUCGCAAACCGAUUUCACAAUCCACUUCUAGAAGAAGCGGCCGGACACAACUUUUGGUCAUGGCUUUGGAGCUAUGUUGUGGUGGCCGUGUACAGCACCGUGGGAUCCGCGCUGUACAUGGUCACAACAAUAAUCUUUCUGCUGCUCCUGUCCAAGGGAGAAAUUGAUUCUGGAGAGUUCUUUGCCGUAACUUCGUUUGUGUACGGGGUCUUGGAACCGAUUGAAGCUCUAGGACGAGUUUCGGGACAAGUCGUGCAGAAUGCAGGGGCUGUGCGGCAAGUACAACGAAUCCUCGAUGAUGCAAGGAAGAGUGGCAGAGAGGACACUGGCAAUAAGGCAAAAAACGCCAACCCGCAGACGGAGCAAGCUCUGACUCUGAAGAAGCAAUUGGAGUUUGACAAUGUAAAGUUCUCGUAUACGCCCAAUGGACCUUUGAUUCUGAAAGGUGUGUCCUUCUCGAUCCCUGCUGGAUCGUACGUGGCCGUUCUUGGUUCUUCUGGGUCUGGAAAGUCCACUCUGUUGUCCUUACUCAUGGGCAUUCAAACGGCGCAAGAGGGCUCAAUCCGAAUGGAUGGUACCGCCAUUUCGACUGUGUCUCUUGAUACGCUUCGAGAUUCUCUUGCGGUUGUCUUCCAAGAGACGUUUGUUUUGGACGGCACAGUUUUUGACAACAUAUCCUUUGGCUGCAAUGCAACAAUGGAGCAAGUAGUUCAUGCGGCCAAGCAAGCGAGUGUCCACGAGGUGAUUGAGAAACUCCCCGAAAAGUACGACACAAUACUAGGAAAAGAAUCCGCGAUCAGCAUGUCCGGUGGCCAGUUGCAACGUAUCUGUGGCAUUGCUCGAGCUGUAGUUCAGGGAAAAGCCUUGCUCCUGCUAGAUGAAGCAACAAGUGCACUUGAUGCCAUUACAGAACACAAGUUCAUUGAAACGGUCGAGCAGCUACGAGAUGAGGGUUUAACGGUGAUCAGCAUUACCCAUCAUCCAUCGACUGCUCGGAAUGCUGAUAUGAUUUUGGUGCUGGACAAAGGAAUCGUAGUCGAAACGGGGGCCUAUUCGGAACUCAUUGACGGAGGUGGCCUAUUCUCGAGAUUAGCAUCUGCGUCAUAGGAGCCCAAAGAUACCGUACCAUACUACAUGUAGAAUUCGAGAUCCUUCAAUUGCCGAUCUGCAAAACGACAAUCCCAUAAACAAGUGCUUCUUUUGUCCCACCUAGACGGACGUGUCAGUUAAUGCAAAGCAGCAAACGAACGGGAUCCAAUAUACUCUCGACCCAGCAACGAAGGAACUCCGCCGCCUCUCGCUCGUCCAGGGGAAACGCUGCACGUCCUCAAAAAAGCCUCGUGGCAACUUGCUUUCCAAAUAGGAAAGUGGAACUCUGAACCAGGCAAAUCCAGCUCGGGAACCUAAUCGUUGCAACAUGCAUACCAAAGCAAGCACCUGUAGCCCCCGCUUUCCUGAGGGAGCCAAGGCAACCCAAAAGAUCUCUCGAUGCACCGGAGCGAGCACACGUUCCCACAAAGCUGCGAUGUGAAAUAGCAGAACGAUUGUGUGCUUCGCAGUCAAGUUGCAGGAUUUCCCCCAAGCCACAAACUUGGGAGUACUUUAUCAGGCUCGACAAUGUGCUUGCUCUUCCGGAUUCGAUUCGUUCGAAGCUUUCAUCUCGCUCACACAGCUUAUAGCCGGAGGUGAAGCAACCGGAAUGCUUUGGUUUGCCUGAACACGAUUGAAAGCGGUCGAGGCAUUGAUAUCAAUGCUGAGUGAGCAUCAAGAAGAGAUGAUGUCAAUGCAGAAGACUCAAGAAUGACGCCGGUCGCCGCGAACAGGAGCAGCUGCCUGUUACUAUAGUCGUAGUGAUGCUAUUGUUGCGCGUAUUGCAGCAGGCAGAGUUGAAAGCUGCGAACUGUCAUGUUGACGCUUCUGAAGGGCAUACACACAGCCUGGCCCGUCAGCAGAAUUUAAAACUACCGAAGUCUUCCAGAGAGACGAUCACCUAUUUUAUCAACUCAUAAUAUCUAUGGCCCCACACGCAGCCCUCCAUGACGUUACGGCUGCACCAACAGUUCUCGAUCCAUGGAGCUCACAGCCGUCUAUCCAUCCUUCAAGUAUGAUGCCAACAUAUUUUGCAGGGCCUCUCGUUUCACCGGCUUGGUCAAGUACGCGUCACAGCCAGCCGCAAGACAAGCCUCUUCGUCUUCUCUGUAGGCAGCCGCUGUGAGGGCCACCACGGGUAUUCUCCUAUUACCGGUACUAGCUUCGCUGCUUGCUACUACCCGUUCGAUUUUUCGGAUCUCCUGCACCGCUUCCAAACCAUCCAUGACAGGCCUGCACGUGCACAAGACGAAAGUGAAGUGAAGAAUGAGAGAACGGAGACCAGUGGGGUACGAGUACAAAAGUCCAUCGCAUAACGCUUAC